AUGAUUGUCGACACAAACUCAGGUGAAGUACGCCAAAUCAGAUCCCAUAUCACCAUUGCCGCCCAAAAUUCCGGACUCAAAUUCCAGUCGUCUCCCUUCCAACAUACCCCUGCGGACUUUACCCUCACGACAGCCGCGCCCGGGCCUUGGUUCGAGAUCGACGUCAUUGCUGAGCCCCUCGGGCGAUACGUUGCUGACGGCCCUCAUGACGAGCUGCUAAACGGCUACCGCCGGCCGCCCCUAAUCUACUUUACGAGUAUCUUUGUAUCACUAGGCGUCUUUUUGUUUGGAUAUGACCAAGGCGUGAUGUCGGGUAUCAUCACCGGACCCCACUUUAAUGAAUACUUCAACCAGCCCUCCAAGGCCCAGAUUGGCACCAUGGUUGCUAUCCUCGAAAUCGGCGCCUUCUGUUCAUCCUUGAUCGUAGGGCGUGUCGGAGACAUCAUCGGACGCCGGAAAACGAUUUUAUACGGCUCCAUUAUUUUCUUCGUCGGCGGCGCUCUCCAAACGAUUGCCUCGAGCAUGUUCAUGAUGAUGGCAGGCCGUAUUGUUGCAGGUUUCGGAGUUGGUAUGCUCUCUACCAUCGUCCCCGUCUACCAGUCUGAGAUCUCGCCCCCGCACAAUCGUGGAAAAUUGGCUUGUAUCGAAUUCUCGGGCAACAUCAUUGGGUACACCUCGUCCGUCUGGGUUGAUUACUUUUGCAGCUUCAUCAACAACAACAUGGCGUGGCGGAUUCCUCUUUUCAUGCAAUGUAUCAUGGGUGGGUUGCUCGGACUGGGCAGCUUGAUCAUCGUAGAGUCACCAAGGUGGCUACUCGACAACGACCACGACGAAGAAGGUAUCAUUGUUAUUGCCAACCUAUACGGUGGCGGCGAUAUCCAUGAUGCUAAAGCGCGCGACGAAUUCCGUAAUAUCAAGAUGGACGUUCUGCUGCAACGCCAGGAGGGGAGCGUACCUACUCCGAAAUCCCUCGCUCAGUUGAAUGGCAUCAACGUCAUUUCUUACUACGCUCCCUACGUCUUCGAGUCUGCUGGCUGGGUUGGUCGCGACGCCAUUCUCAUGACCGGCAUCAACGGUAUCACUGGCGCCGUCGCCAUGGUUAUCGCUCUCUCCGCAAUCGCUCUUUCCACUGCCACAAACUGGGCCUUCAACUGGUUCGUUGGUGAGACCACUCCUGUCUUCCAGGAGCUCAUCCAUUGGCGCCUGUACCUGGUUCAUGCGUUCUGGUGUGCUGUCAGUUUCGUUGUCGUGUACUUUCUUUAUCCGGAAACCUGCGGUGUCCGACUCGAGGAUAUGGAUGUCCUAUUUGGCGAUGCGAGCACCGUUGCCGGGACGCCUUCACUCCGUGCGGAGACGGAUUCUCUCAUGUACCCUGGCUCGCCAAUUGGUUCCGACUUCCGCGGUCGCUCAGGCUUCACCCCGUCAAACGCAAUUCCUGGUCUUACGCUCGAUCCCCCAGACCUCGAAGGAAGCGAGCACCCGAAACCUUCGACGCACCUCUACCGCGGCCUCUUACGGGCGGUCCAAUACUCGGUGCCGGCGCGGUACGUGGCGCGAGACCAGCUGCGACGGGCGUUUCGGGAAGACGCCGCGGGCGGCGUGGCAGCGGCGCCCGACAAGGACGCCAUUAGACGGACCAUCUGGUUUUUGGACGCGGCAGCGAAGGAACGGGGGCUCGAGCACAAGAUUUUGAGGAAUCUGCUCAAGGUCGCGUGGUAUCGUCGGAGACAGGAGAAGACGACGUGGAAGAUGGUACAACAGCGUUUAUCGCACGGCAAGAAGGGUCCUUCUGGAGCGACGGGGCUGCGGCACAGCGAUGAGGAUGGCGGGACAUCCUACCGCCAUUAUAAUAUGACGGUCGCUAUGUUGAACAAGACGAUGGGGCUGUGCCUUCGUUAA